GUACGGUUUCGUGCGCGAAGGUGAAAAUACCUACCUGUUGUUGGCUUGGUGCGGUGUGUUGCCGAGUAUAACGUGCGCGAAAACACGCGAGUAUUUGGUUUUGAAUGCAGUGUCACUUGACUGACUGACUAUCAACUACAAUCGCAGACUUUCCUUUGUCGGCGGACGAGUUUGCAAUGUUGCGUGUGAAUUAUUGAUUUUCGGUGUUUGCUUAUUCGAUACUUUUCCGUGUGCUUCCUGUGUCGGAAGGUGAAAGGUGGACGUUGGAAUCCCGUUCGCAACCUUUUGUGGAUUAAUUUGAAGAAAGGAAAUAAAAACGAGGGAAGUGCGUGAAUUGUGUCAUCGUGGGAGGCUGCCGAAGAGAAAUGCCGAAUAUGGUGAAAGCGACGAAAAUAGAAUCGAGGUAGCCCAGAAUAAAAUCGAUGCAGUAGUUCAGUGGAGAAACACAAAGAAGAACCCAUGAAUGGUGAAUUUAAAUUAUGUUCGAUGAACGCCAAUCGAAUGUUUAUGAGGUGAUUAUCCCCAAUUUCACUGGGAGUUGUCACAUUUUGUUGUUUGUGGAUCGAAAAGAAAAGUUCGGAUGGUUUUAAUGACCUCAAGAGGCAGUUUUGAAAACAAGAAACCAUUUGAUCAGUGUGUGACUUAGUUUCCAAUGAAAAAAGAAGAAUUUUGAUUGUGUGAUGCACCGUUAGUCGAAACAAAAAGUAUCGCGUGGAGAUAUAGAAAAACCUACGAAAGAGAUGCUGUGAAGUCCAACAAUAAAACGAAAUGUUCAAAAGUGUGCUCUUUUUCAUAGUGAAGCGCUCUCUCUGAGGAACACCCGCUGGAGAAUCAAACCAGAAACGACUAUUAUCACAGCAGGCGUCGGCGGUCAUAAUCUAAGAUCUCGCCCGAGUACCGCUCGACCCCCAUCAUCAUCAUUGAGAGAGAGAGGACAAUGACCAUUCUGAAUUCUUAUGCUCCACAUCUUGAGUGGGGGGCCGUUUUGAUUGCCUCCUAUAAUUUCAAUUAAAUCUCAACCAGUUUCAACAUACUUAGGCACGACGCCGAAUUCCAGCCUCGUCAAGGUCAAGUUUGAAGAGUUGACUUCGUGAUGAAAACGGAUGAUUGAGCAAAAAUGAGCAAGUACCCUUCGACGUGGCUGAAGAUACUCGGUCGCUGAGUAAAGUGAAACUCGAUGGUUUUUUUUCGGUUACCAAGUUGUUUUGACAAAGCGCGAGGAAGCAUUAAGUGUUUGUGCGCCAAGUGUGUAGGUGCGAUUUACAAUUAUACUCUUGUGCAAAGGUGAAAAUAAUAAUUGGAAGUGAGGAAACGAGAGGGUCGCCGGUGAAGUUUUGAUUGGCGAGUGAUUGAUCGAAAAAAACGGGGUGUAUACGGAAGAAGUUGGCAAAGUUGGUCGCCUGUCGUGAACAAAAGAUUUGCGACGGAUCAUAAAGAAGUAAGCUGGGAAGCUGUGUACUCCGAAUACGUGUUGGGUGGGUUUCGCAAUUUUAAGUGAUUUGAAUGAAUGACUAGGCGAAGAAGAUACGACCAUACCGCGGAAGAUUGAGCUGUGUGAAGUGUGAAGAAGGAAAAGCUAGUGGAAGCACAGUCAAAGGCAGUGGAAGCGGAUUGCAAAUUGGAUUAACCUCAAUUGGAUGUUUGCUUUGAGAAUUAGUGUCGGUUUCCGUCGAGCUACAAUCAUGAGUCCCACCGCCGCCGUCCAUCCCCCGGAGGGAACUCCGCAAGCCGUCAAAGAUGUAUUCCACGCACAGCACGAAUCGAACGCAGGCUUCGGCCACCUUUGAGAAGCGCACCACCGACAAACAGCCUAGAUUCAUCCAACGGUUCUAUCUCUUUGGAACGAACCCAAAUCCCGGCACUCCCCGAUCGUGUAGUGCUCCAACUUCUCCCACCUCUCCAGAUCCACCGUCAUCCCUCAAGCUCCCAAAGAAUCCAAAACUCGCACCCGACAGCGAAGACGAUCUACCAUUUCAAUCGCUUUCCCCGCAACACUACAGUGUUCAACGGCUCAAGCAGUUCUGGAACAAUCGUCUUAGCCUCAGUUCACCCAACGCCUCCCAAACCAGCGAAGCUGCCCUCUCGGCAAAGCUCAAGCGCGUCACCCUAAGCCCAAUCAAUACCUCUCGGAAACCUGUCACUCCGGAAUUCCUUCGGCGAAACGGUUCCACCCGAGGGUCCGCCUCCCGACGAAACGUUGUCCGCUCCAGCCUAGUCCCGCUGUACUCCAAAACAGGCAGUCCGAAAGCAACUCGCCACAGUGACCCUGCCAAUGAAAGCUCCACUCAGAAACGAUCCAGCGUAGUGUUGAGUCCCGUCAAGGAUCUCAAAAAAGAGAAAAGGUCCUGCCUGGAAAGGGUCGGGUGCAAUGCAGGAUUCCCGCUGGUGACGGCAUCGGCUACUGGAGGACGCAUCAAUUGGGCUAGACGAGUUGAACUGCUCGGCAUUCGCAUGAACCAAGACGACACCAACAUGCCAAUCAAGGUGGAAAACUACGUCAACAACUUCAUCGAAGUUGACAUCCAGAAUGAACCUCCCUCCUCACCGCCUCCGGACAUUCCUGCGGAGGAAUCCCCUAAAGAAGAAUCUCCCGAACCAACGACAUCUCCAGAGACCAAAGAGUCUACCCCACCGAAUUCGGAUACGAGAGAUUCACUGGAGAGUAAGAAGAGCCUGAGCUCAACUGACUCGCAGUCUCUCGGAAGACGACAUGGAACUCCGACGCGGAAGGUGAGUUUUCGAACGACCACUUCGCCGUACAAUCGCAAACUGCUCCAAGCCAAAGAGAACAAGGUGAUGGCCCUGACGAACAAAUUCAACAAGAUGUGCCAGCAAGAUGCUGGCAUAUUGGAGGAAGUUCGUAAACGAGGAGGAUUCGUGCACAAAUCCGGAAGCCACGUGUAUAAAGUGGUCGAUGGCGAAGGCAGUGUGCGGAAGAAGUUAAACGUCAGUAACGUCACUCGAACGGAUGAAAGCUCGGAUGAUGUCUCGGUGGGUAGUAAGGGUUCGUACAGGAAAGCCGGGGUGAAGAAGCGCCCGAGCCUUCGGAAGAACUUGUAUCGCAAACCAGAAUGGGAAGCAGUGAACAGGACAUCGCUUUGUGUCAAAGAAGCACUGGAGAUUUUCGAGCCGAAUGGUCAUCGCGCACUAGUUCGACCACAGAUGGAUAGGAAACCACCUGCAGGUCGCUCCAAACCUAAGGUUCCCGAUAAAAGCGAUCAAGUCAUCAGGAAGACUAGGGAGCUGAAAAACAAGCGAGCGAUUCAAAUCGAUUCCAACAGUUGUGAUAGUAGCGAAAUGAGGGAGGUAGCAAUAGACAAGGUGCCAAAUAGUAUUAGCCAAGAUAGUAUUAAUGAGGAGCGAAGUGAAGUGGAUAGCAAUACUCAAGUUGUAGAAGAAGUGGCAAAAGUAGAGGUGGUUAUAGAAGCGCCGCUAGAAGCAUGUGGACCUGAACGUGUGGUAGACGAAUACUCUGUGGUAAAAAAGAUGUCUGACAUUAAUCAGAAUGAUAACGCGAAGCUGAAGAAAGAUAAAAAAGAUGCAGAUCAGAAAACACUUCCAAAGCAGAAGAGUACCGUACAAAGGAUCUACGAGAAGUUUACAUUUCGAUCGGCGAAGAAGAUCCACCUGAGUAGCCCCGAGCGCACUUCCAGCGAAUCGCAACUCAACUCCAGUUUAGACAAUGAUGAUCGUCUACAUUUCGUCGUAGACAACAAGCUCACUCGAAAGAGUUUUGUGUCUUCCAUCGAGAUACCCACGAUUCACAUAGAGGAAUCGCAGGAAAGUAGCACUGAUCCAUCAGAUCGCAAGAUUGUUGAUGCCAUCAAGUCUCUCAACGUGAAAAUCGACAAUCUCUCUAGGAGUUUCAAUGAUCUAACUAUUAGCGAACCUGAACCGGAACCGACUGCAGAACCAGCCGUCCAACCGAAUACUUCAUUCCUUUUCCGAAGUAUGUCGAAAAUCGGUACUGGUACCGAAACAACAAUCAGUCAGCUAAACAUCGUUCAAGCAGUCAACACCGUCGUGAUAAACAAGUCCAUUUCUAUGGAUGACCAUCAUUUCCCCUGUCGAGCGAACCUCGAACGCCUAAGUCUGAAUGAAACUAUUCCCGUGGUUAUGGUAAGUAAGGCGAUCAGUGCCUCCGAAAACGACUACGAAUUGGUGUCCAGAGUUGAGUCCCCUCGAAGAUCAUCGGAAGGCUCGACCUGCUCCUUCCGUGGCAGUACCAUGAGCAUCGAUAUCAUGGGAUUAAACGCCAACAUCGACUCCUUCCUGUACAAGGCGAAGAACGUCGAGAGUGCAACUACAAGUGAUCUUCCAACCGUCCAAAGUCCGAUUCAACCUGACACCGCCAGCAUCAAUAGCUACGAAUCCUUCGAAAACUACGAAUCCAUCGAACGAACCAGCAGUCCGAAAGAGGAAGACACCUACGAAGUGUGCAAUCCACCGGAACCUCUGCCACCGAGAAACGAUACCAAAUCGCCGAACGAUCUGGCACUGCCACAACCAAAACGUAACCUCGCCGGAUCUCCAAAGUUCUUGCCAAAAAUGCAACCGACUUAUGAAUCGAAAUACGAGAAAGUCAAAUACGACCAAACGCCUCCACGACCUCCCAAACCCGAGGAAGUCCCGCUGCCACCUCGUAAUUCCGUGCCCAUGGAGCUUACCAGCAUCCAUCGGGAAGCCCCAACUUCGACUUCCCCAACUCCUUCCGAAGAACCGAUCUACGAGGAGAACAUCUACGACACGAUCAAGAGCUCCGAUGGGCUGGACUACGACGAACCGAACGGCAGUGCCGAAUCGGCGGUACUCAAACGGCCAAAGCACAACCUUCCGGCGGAUGCCGUGUCGCUGAUGUCCUCCAGCUGUUACGAAUCGAUCGGAUCGAAGCUUACGGGAAUCGACUUCCUGAGGCACGGAGCCAUUACGCUUCCCCGGAUGGGAUCGAUCUCGACGCUUGCGUCCGAUCAGAUCACCAACAGUUUGUACGGGUGCAAUACGAACGGAGGACCCAGUUUGACGCCUCCGAGUGAAAGGGGUAGCGAUACUAGUAAUAGCGCCGAAUGGACGGAUAUUUCCGACGAUGAGGAGGAAGAUGAAGUUGGCAAUGGGCGCAGUAAUUUCAUUAUUGUACGAAAGAGGAAUAAGGCUCAUCAGACGCCGGUCUGGUCCAGGAAGGUUCGCAACAAACUGGUUUUGCAACAGCAGCAGCAACAACAGAGUGAGCAUGGUCUGCCCAAACUUGACGAUGAUUCCGAUCAUGUUUACGAAUCGCUCGAGUCGCACGGGCAUUCACGUAUCAGCACACCUUCGAUAGGCUCAGUCGGUCUAAAUCGACGAAUACCACCGCCACCACCUUCAUUCAACUCCAGCGAUACUGCUGCCAUCACUACAUCCAGCAGUCCUCAACCGAACUUCAUCAAACCUCAAAGAUCACCGACCGUGCUCAUCGAUGAAGCGUACCCUGUCGAGGGCAUCGAUUCCGACUCUUUCGAUAGCGAUGAAAGUGACGAAGAUCGCCGAAACGACACCUACGUACACUCAAACGAUAUCAACAGCGCCAAACAGCUGCCAGAUCCGCCACCCUCCAACAACCAGAUGUACGCCUUGAUGCAGAAAAUUCGCAACAUCGGGACGCUCUCCAAGUCGGAACUCGCCAAAGGAUUCAACAAGUUUUCCAAAAAGAAAAUUAGCUCCUCCAAGUCGCCAAAGAUCUUCACCGGUGAAAAUCUAACCUACCCGUCCGGUCCGGAUGAUAAUAAUGCAGCUAGCUACGAAAACACUCCGCUCCCGAAAACUCCCAAACAGUCCAAAUCCAAAUCGUUCAAACUUCCACUCCAGCUUGGAUCGUCCAGCAAACCUUCGUCCGACGACUACGAAAACACCGACUUUCACCAGCCGGUCACUCCAACAUCGGUCUCGCCCAAUGGAUCCGCUCUCGCAUCUAGUCCCGCUUCAGAACAAGCGGACCGAUCCAUCCUUGCCAGUAUCAGCAACAGCGACUCCAGCAAUGUCUCAACCUUCCGCAAAAAGUCCAAAACCGGCAAAUCUCUGCGCUCCAAGCUUCGCAAGAGCCUCCAAUCGGACUCUAGUCUCAACAUCCACAGUUCGUUCAACGCCUCCCGCAGUACGUUCUACGUAACGGACUCGCUGGACGUCGACUCUGGCAUUUUCAACGGCAGUGAACCCAACAGUUCGUCCUCGAAUCUGAACGUAGCCUCCGUGGGGAAGGACACGGCCUCUCCUCUGAAGCUUGCCCCGCACAAAACUCCCGAUGCCGAUCGACGGAAGUCCAUGAACGGUGGAAGCCCAGCUAGUCGACCCACUAUUCCACCACCACCGCCACCCAUCAGCGCACCCAUCGGGGACAAAAAGUUUCUAAAGAACCGAAAGCUGGGCGCUACUUCGUGGUACGCCGAAUGCGGAGUUUUCAAAGCGGAUAGCCUAAAGCAGGCCUCGUUCGAAAACGAACUCAAGAACAAGGAGCGCAGUACGACGUCCUGGUACGCUGAAGCUGGGCUGUAUCAAACCAGUGAUGUUUCCGUGGCAAGCUCUAGCGAAAGUUCCGGGGUGUCGACCGGAGGCGAAGGCGGCGGAGAGGACGACCACUCGCACAGCAUGUUCGUCAACGAGCCGCUCUAUCAGAUCUACAACGCGGCCAAGCUGGAAUCGUUGACGCGGGAUAUCGACGCGGAGAUUACUGGCGACGGAGACACCGAGCUGUACGACGACGGGUACGAGAAGAUCUCCGACCGCAGGAAGAGCGCUGGCGGAAGUGGUGCUGGUUCCGGCAGCGAUGAGGACGUUGUGGGCCGGAAAUUGCGCCCCAGUGCGUUCGAGCUGAUCGAACCGAACGUGGGCAAGCUGCGGACUCUCUGGUGCGAGAUUCCGGAGGUGAUCAACUCGGAGAUAUUGCUGACCCUAACUCCAACGGAGAAACGCCUCCAGGAGGCCAAGUUCGAGAUCCUCACGUCAGAAGCCUCCUACCUGAAAUCGCUCAACUUGCUCAAAACCCACUUCAUCAACCAUCCGGCCUUCCGGGACGUCAAGGUGCUAACGUCCUCCGAGCGCAAGACGCUCUUCUCCAACAUCAUUCCCGUGCAAGAGUGCUCCGAUCGGUUACUCUGCGAUCUGGAAAACUGCUGGCAGGACAACAUCAUGCUCCUGGGCCUCAGCCACAGCAUCUACAAGCACGCCGAGAAACACUUCCACGUGUACGUUAACUAUUGCGAGCACCAGGCGAAGAUCGAUCGCACCCUAAAGAACCUCAAAGCGAACAAAACCGAGUUCACCAAAACGCUGCUGGAGCUGGAAUCGGACCCGAUUUGCUGUGGCCUCAGUCUAUCAUCCUUCCUGAUGCUUCCCAUGCAGCGGAUAACACGGAUGCGCCUCCUGCUGGACGCUGUCCUUCAACGACUCAAAUCGGACGACGACGAAUUCAUCAGCUGGGAAAAGACCUUCGUACUGAUCAACCAGAUCCUGAAACAGUGCAAUGAUGCGGCCCAUCGAAGCGAGCAGAUGUACGAGAUGGAGAUGAUUUCGCGGCAGAUUGAAUUCCCGUCGCACAUCCGGCCACUCGCUAUCGUCCCUUGCGGAAUCGGUCCCCCAGGCAGCGUGAUGCGUAAGCUGGAGAAGAAGGGCGAACUGGUGCACUUGCUGUGGCGCGGUGACGACGCCAAGCUCACCUUCGGCAAGAAGUUCAGCAAAAGCAGCAUCUACGCGUUUCUGUUCACCGAUCUGAUUGUGCUGACCAAGAAGAAGGGCGACGAAACCUACCUAGUCACGGACUACUGUCCACGUGCCCUGUUGACGGUCAACUCCGGAGACAUUGUGCCUCAGCUGCCGACCAAGGAGAUGCAAGCCAUCGGGAAGCACCUGAUCAUCAUGACGCUGCUGGAGAACCACGAGGGAAAAACUAUCGAAAUGAUCAUCAGCUGUCCAUCGGAAACGGAACGCGAGCGUUGGCUCAAGGUGACCGAACCCUUGUCUUCGGAAAAUCCCGACGAAAAAAUCUACGAGCAGUGGGACUGCCCUCAGGUGGUGGCCAUCCAUCCCUACCAGGCCCUACAACCGGACGAACUGGAUCUGGACAUCACGGAAGUGGUCAACGUGCACCGCAAAAUGGCGGACGGCUGGUACGAAGGCGAGCGGAUCCGGGAUGGGGCCGUCGGGUGGUUCCCCAGCAACUACACCAAGGAGAUCCCGUCGGCACAUGUCCGCGCCAAGCACAUCAAGCAGCGCCACGUGCUCCUAUCGUACACGUCCAAAUAUAUCGACACGACGACGCGAACGCUGCAGCACAGCAAAAAGUGAUCGAGAAAUGUCGAAAGUCACCGAAAGCACCGCAACUUAACUGCAAUUAUUAGUUUUUACUUGUAACACAGUGUUUGAAAUCGCAGAGAUCUUAGUUAGACCGUAAAUCCCUAGUUACUGUUCUAUAGCUUGUUAAUCGUGUACUGUUUUCCCCUAUGUGUCCAAUCCUUAAAACUGAUCCCGAUGUAAAGUUGUUGAAUGCUAUGUUUGAGUGUGCGUUUUGUCUUAAAAAGUGUUUAAAUUAUUUGCGUUAGAAAGCUAACCUUCUCCUCCUGUAAGCGAACAAUCAGUACCGAUAGUUAGUCCUGUGUAUUAUAGACGAAUCGUGUAGAAAACUAAAUCUGUAUAACUGAGUACGUUUUGAGCAAUAUCUGGAAGACGAUGAUUGUAUGUCGCCCAGAAAAGUAUUAUAAAUAAAAGUAAUAAUUAUUUGUUA